AUGGCGCCCUGUCAGCUGGUUGGAGGAGGAAACACAAGCCUGCCCAUUAUCAGUGGCUGCACGCUGACCACUCACUGCACUGAAGCGUGCAGCGCAGACACAUCGCUAACUCUUGUGUCUCUCUCUCUCUCUCUUUCUCUCUCUGUGCGUUUUCUUCUGUUUGUUUUGUUCUGUACUCUGACCAGGCCCGGCUUUCCCAACACGGCACACUUCCACAUUGCCCUGCCAUGUCUGCUGUGGAUUCCCUGCAGUAAGCACACCAAGGUUAUGCUGCCCAAAAGCUGCCUCAGUCCCAGUGAGAAAGAGAAGGGCUAA